UACUUUAGUGUAAUCUUUUUCUGAAAAUAAACUGAAGGGAUAAUGUAUAUUUCGAUAAAAUUUAUUGAUUUUCAAUAAAAAAUACUAUUCAAAACUUAAGUGCUUUAUAGGCUGGCAACUCCUGCGUCGCCGUGCAGCGCAGCGCCCGCCCCCUUCAUUCCCCGCACGGCUCGCGCUACCAUAGCCUACUUUUUGAGGAGCUGUCGUAAAAUAUCAAUAUUUUCGGAUUUUUAUGUGUUAUUUACUUGAUUUCUGUGAAACUUUACAUCUUCACGAUGGACAAGUGUGGAAUAUGCGAUAAGCCCGCUGUUCAAUUGUUUGAGACCGGCAAGGAUGGUGUGUACGCCUGCUUCAAGUGCCAGCCACUGGUGCCCGAGGUGACCAUAGAGGAUGAUGUUGCGGUGGAGGAGGUGUCAGACCCACUGGACGUCUCUGAGGAGGGCAAUGGCUCACUGUUGUGUGGCAUUUGCCACAAGACGUUUCAGAAGAACACGCAGCUGCAGAACCACCUGCGGAACCACCGCGCCGAGAGGAGGUUCGUCUGCACCUACUGCAAUAAAGCUUUCUCCCAGUCGAACAACCUGCGCGCGCACCUCCGCAUACACACCAACGAGCGCCCUUACAAAUGCAACGAGUGUGGGAAGGCCUUUACGCAGGUGACGAACCUGAACAACCACGUGCGGCUGCACACCGGCGAGCGGCCCUUCGCGUGUCCGGAGCCCGGCUGCAACAAGGCCUAUGCACAGGUUACGAACCUGAAUCAGCACCGCAAGCGGCACCUGGGCGGUCGCGCCGUAGAGAGUACUUACGACUGCACCAUUUGCGGCCAGCAGUUCCAGCAGCGCAACCACAUGUACACGCACAGACGCGAGGCGCACUACGGCGCGCGCAGCCCCGCGCAUGCGCCCGCGCCGGCGCGGCACGCGUGCGCGCUGUGCGAGCGCCGCUUCAGCACCGAGCGGCAGCUCGUCGCGCACGUAGCCCAACAUGUGCCCGACCACCAGGACCAGCAGGACCAGCAGGAGGACGAGAGCUCGGGCACAUUCUCGUGCGUGUUCUCGUCGUGCGGCGCGCGCCUGGCGUCGCCGCGCGCGCACACCGAGCACCUGCUGCGCGCGCACCAGCUGCGCGUGCACCCCACCACCACCAGGCCUGCGCCUGCGCCGUCGCAGCCGCAGCCCAAGCGGGGGCGCCCGCCCAAGAUUAUCAAAGUGGGGUCAAUGGUUAACUUCAAAGAUUCAAUAUUUAACGAUGUAAAAAUCAUAAAGCAGGAAUCUCAAUUUCUGCCCAAACUAAAAGUGCAGAGUUUAUUCCAGUGAACUAAAAAUAAGUGUAACACAGUGGACAUCGUUCUAAUGAGUUGACAGAGCACUGGUUGAUCUGUAACUCAGUUGACGUCAACUCGUAACACAAUGGACUUGUUUUGGAUGUGAAAUUAGCGUUAAGAGUUACAUAUAAAAAUUAUGGACCUUGUUAAUGUAACUUUGAAUCUAAUAGGGUGAUAGGAGCGUAAGUCGAAGUCAGAAGUGCUUUAAAAUUCGAUGUUUGCCCUUUUACAUAUGAACGGUAUGUAUUUUUUUUUGUUUUUUUUUUUUUAUAUGGCCUUCCAUAAUUUAAUUACGUUAGUAAAUAUAUUUAUAGAAACUGUAGUCAAGUCGUGCAGUUUUGAAAUUUGUACCCAUGUAUGGCAUAUCAAAUUUAAAUUGCGUAUGUAGCAGCAUAAUUUGAAUAUAAAAUUAUAAAUCGAUUUCUUGCCUCUAAUGUUGUAAAAAAAUUAUCUAUGUUGUGAUUUUGGCUGGAAUACUAAUGGCAUUGACUGUACGUUCACAGCAAAAGGCCCGUGAUUAUUAUACCUGACUGUACUUGACUACUGAUGUGCCGAUGGAAAGUUAGAAUAGCACAAUGUUUCACAUGGAUAGUUUCUAAAAUCUUUGUAAAUUACGGAAAUUACCAAAAUGGAUUCGUUAUUUAUGUAUUGUAAAAUUUUCUAGAUAUUUUCGGGGGCCCAUUUCUGGACCGGUAUUAGUCUAAUAUUAUUAGUGUGUUGCCAUGGUAACCCAUACGAUUUGACAUUUCGUCACAGAAUAAAUAAAAGUACUGACGUGCAGAAAGGAAACUUCCUACAUAACCGAAGUUUUUUUCUAAUAUAUGGCACUAUCCCUUUCGGCUAUUUAGGGUUGUCAAAAUUCAAGUCAUUAUCUUAAAUUAUCUGUGGUCGUGCAUGCAAAGGGACGUCAAGUUGUGCCAACCCUAAUAAUUGUUCGGAGCAAUGCUGAGCCGAACGGAGCCGAGUUUGCCUGAAGCGAGGAGUUUCGCACCCCUGAUUUCGUCGACUAAUAAUAUUAGUCUAAUACCGUUCUAGAAAUGGCCCCCUGUACUUGUGACCGUAAUUGUAAGCAUUAUUUUAUACUACACGUACUAAUGCUAUUAACUGAGUCAACAGGUCAGUUUUUGAUUUAAAAAAUAGGCCGAAGCGAAUGCAAUAAUACGAAAUGCACUUAAUAAUAGUUUAUUAUGAUAUAAUAAUGUUCAGUGCAGCGCACGUAUAAAGUGGACAUUUGUUUUUAUAAAUAUUUUAUGAAUUUUUCGUAAAAGAUUCAAUUUUUUAUUUUGUAACUUUUUGAUGCACCUUAGAUAAAUAUUUUAAUUAUGUGAAGUGUUAUCAAGAACUUUAAGAUUUGAUUAUUAGUCAUUGUAGAAACCUAGAUGCACUGUUGUAUUAACAUUAAGGGUGCAAUUUAAUGAAAAUUAUUGAAUUAAAAUAAUAUUAGAGUCUGCAUCAAAUUGACAGUUAGUUAGUUUUUAUUUGGCUAUAUAUUUUUGACAGUACAAUACAAGUAACAUAACAUUUUCAUGUCAUUCAAUAUGUUGUUGCGGACUGUAUUACUCUUCAUGAAAAUUUAACAAUGUCUUUAUCUAAAACUUAAAAAUUAUUGUGAUUUAAUGUAAAGCUAUUAAUAGAUUGUUUAAAGUAACUUUAAGAGUGAAAUAAGUUAUUAAACUGGAUAAACAGUAAUAGCUAGUUGGCUGUUGAAAGAGCGUAUCAAGUAUAUAUUUCGGUUGCACUCCAUUAGGCAUCUUUCGCAGUUAAGCAAUAUAUGGUUUCUGAAAAGAGACUGAUAUUUUAUAUGUUAGCAAGAGAGGUAUGAUUGAGACAGAUUUCACUGACUGUAUUAAUUUAGGCACUGUCAACCUUAUAUCUUAUUUUAUAGAGUCGCCUUUCCUUUGUUCAGUUAAAUAAACAUUUUACAUACGAGAUUAUAAUACAUUAACAAGUUUAAUUAAAUACACUUAUGUAUUAUGAAACUGUAAAUAUUUUCCUAGCCCUAAUGUUCAUGAGUUGACCUUUAUAUUCUGUCUUAUGCAUUAGCAUAGAAAAAAGAAGUGAGAAGACGCAUAAAGUGGUGUAAGUAUGUAAUAUACAGCGAGCUGCAUAGUGCAUACCUACUAUAUGGAUGACUUCCAUUCAUAAAUUGGGUAUGCACUGUUGCAGCUGUGUAGUCUGGUUUGACAGCUGAACAACGGCGUCAACGGUGAGAACCGCGAGUGACUUACUAUUACUUUCUCUUAGACUUUUACAUAUCUAAUACAAACAUAGAAUCUGAUAUUGCAAUGCUAUCUAGCUGUCAAACAGGUAUAAGUACCAUACGAUAUAUUUUGCCCCACUCUGUGCAUGUUCUUAUCUAUGUGAAUAAGGCAAUAGUUAGGUUAGGCUAAGGUGCAAAUGUUCCUAUGAGUGUAAGAGUAUCUGAGUAGCAUAUAUUAUGACAUGUGUACAGACAGUAGCAUAUGACAUGUGUGUACAGACAGUAGCAUAUGACAUGUGUGUACAACUGUACAGUUGACCAUUUAUAGCUGUAGCCUUGUUAAGUGUCAGUAUUUCGGAGAUUUUUCUAUUAACAUACAAGUACGGUAUCAAAAUAUACAUAUUUCAAUUA